UCAUAGCAUAAAAUCACAAAAUCAUAAAACGGAUCUUCAUACAAAAAUCAUAUUACCAAAAACUUUCUUUUCUUGCUUUCUUGUGAAUAACGAGCUUAGCAUCUUUUCUUUUUUUAUUGAAAAUUAGCUCUUUUUUAUUUAUUUUAUAUAAAUAUUUUCAAUUUAAAGAUAACAAAUAAUUAAAGAUGAAUAUUUUCCGACUUGUAGCAGAUUUAAUGCAUUUGGCGUCUAUUUUUAUUUUACUUUUAAAAAUUCAAAAGACGCGGUCAUGUGCUGGUAUCUCAUUUAAAACCCAAUUACUUUAUGCUAUUGUAUUUGUCACAAGAUAUCUCGACUUAUUUACAACAUGGAUUUCAUUGUAUAAUACAAUAAUGAAAAUAUUUUUUAUUGCAUCAUCUAUUUAUAUUUUGUAUUUAAUGAAAUAUAAAUUCCGAGCUACGUAUGAUCCCAUUUUGGAUACUUUUAGAAUAGAGUUUUUAUUAGGAGGAAGUGUAAUAUUGGCUUUAAUAUUUAAUUAUGACUUUAUACCUAUGGAGAUUUUAUGGUCAUUUUCGAUUUUUCUUGAAUCAGUCGCAAUUCUUCCACAAUUAUUUAUGUUAAGUCGUACGGGAGAAGCAGAAACAAUUACUACACAUUAUAUAUUCGCACUAGGAGGAUAUAGAGCUUUGUAUUUGUGCAAUUGGUUAUGGAGAUAUAUAUUUGAUGGACAUGUUGAAGUAUAUGCAUGGAUCGCUGGUGUAAUUCAAACUGCUUUGUAUAGUGACUUCUUUUAUAUUUAUUAUACAAAAGUAUUACACGGAAAAAAAUUCGAAUUACCUCAGGGUGUUGUAUAAAACAUCUUUAUUUACAAGUUUAAAUUGGAUUUAAAUGAAAUAGUUUUUGAUUUCAGGUUCUAUAAUAAUAUUUGUUAUAGUGAGAGUUUUUUUUUAUUUCUAUGUAUUUGACAAUCAUUUUCAAUAUAAAUUAUUGUUAUUUUAAAAAAAAAUGCGUAUUUUUCUUUAGUGUAUAUCUUAUUUAGUUUUCGACGGUUGUAACGCCCAUCUCUUUCUUGUGUGUGGCGUAAUAGUGAAAUAAUGAUGACGUCUAGUUAAUUACGCCAUGUAUCAAUAUUAACUUAUUAAUAUAAUAAUUAAAACUUAGUUCCUUUUCGACUUUCUUUUAAAUAAUGCAAAUAAAAAAAAAUAUUUAUUAUUUC